AUUAAGCGGGAGGGGAGGCGGAAUAGUGUGUGCUGGGGAGGGGGUGGACGAGGCGGAGGAGGAGGAGCAGGUAAGGGGCGAGCGGCGCUGCGCGCGAGAAGGGGGAGGGCUGCCUCCCUGCUCCUCUGCAAAGGGGCGGCUGCGUCAGCCCCCACCCCACACCCAAUCCCCUUGCCCCUGAACUCUCCUUCCUUCCAGUCUUCGCCAAGUUGUUUAUUCGCCUUGCUUCUUGCUGGAGCCAUGGAAGUUGGCGGCUAGAGAGGUCCCAGCGCCCCCACUGGUAUUAAGACAAUGGAGUCCAAAGAAUCACUGAAGUCCACAGGGGAGGAAGCAGGGAAAAGUGUUCGCUUCCGUGACAAAGGAGGACUUGUGAUAGACUUUCCUCCAUCCUUUAGGGGUGGAGCUCCUGUCAAGACUCCUGCAUCUACAACUCCCCUGCUUGCCUCCUCUCAAUCUGAUUCCAAGCAGCAACCUGCUCUGUGUGAUUUAUCAAAGGGAUUAGGAAGCAAUGCACCACAACCAGAUCUCUCCAAAGCAGUGUCGCUGUCAAUGGGGAUAUAUAUGGGCGAGACAGAUACAAGAGUGAUGGGAAACGAACUUGGAUUUCAACAGCAGGGCCAAAUCAGUCUCUCUUCUGGAGAAACAGAUUUCAGGCUCCUCGAAGAAAGUAUUGCAAGCUUGAAUAAGACCUCUAGCCUGACAGAAGGUUCAAAGGAUACGGCAUCUCUCGAUGUGCCCCUAGAGCCAGGGUUCCCAAGUAUGGCUAGUCAUGAUCGCACUUCAGAGCAAGGAGCCUUAGUGCAAGGCCAAGUUGGCAGUAAUGGUGGCAACUUGAAGCUGUUUUCUGAAGACCAAAGCACAUUUGAUAUUCUGCAGGAUUUUGAUUUGCCACCAGUAUCUCCUGGAAAAGAAACAAAUGGGAGUCCUUGGAGAAUGGACCCCUUGUUGGAUGAAGGCAGCUUGCUUUCGCCUCUGGGUGCAGAUGAGGGGUUUCUUCUAGAAGAGAAGGAAAUUGAGGACUGCAAGCCUCCUGUUUUACCAGACACUAAGCCUACUAUCAAUGAGCGUGGGGAUAUUUUGCCCACCCAGACAGUGCAGAUGCCACAAGUGAAGACUGAAAAAGAAGAAUUUAUCGAACUCUGCACCCCUGGGGUUAUAAAGCAGGAGAAAAUUGGCCCAGUUUAUUGCCAGGCUAGCUUCUCUGGGUCUAGUGUGCUUGGAAAUAAAACAUCUGCUAUUUCUAUUCAUGGUGUCAGCACUUCUGGAGGACAAAUGUACCACUAUGACUUGAAUACGGCAUCUGUCUCUCAACAGCAGGAUCAGAAACCAGUUUUUAAUGCCAUUCCAUCUCAUCCUGCUGGUUCCGAAAAUUGGAAUAGGUGCCAAGGAUCUGGGGAUGACGCUCUUACUGCAAUAGGAGCUUUGAAUUUUUCUGGAAGAUCUGCCUUUUCUAAUGGCUAUUCAAGUCCUGGAAUGAGAUCUGAUGUGAGCACUUCACCAUCUACCUCCUCAACAGCUACGGGACCACCUCCCAAACUUUGCCUUGUUUGCUCAGAUGAGGCUUCUGGCUGUCAUUACGGUGUCCUAACUUGUGGCAGCUGCAAAGUAUUCUUCAAAAGAGCUGUAGAAGGACAGCACAAUUAUCUCUGUGCUGGAAGAAAUGAUUGCAUUAUUGACAAAAUUCGGAGGAAGAACUGUCCAGCUUGCCGCUACAGGAAAUGUCUUCAAGCUGGCAUGAACCUAGAAGCUCGAAAGACAAAGAAGAAAAUAAAAGGAAUUCAACAGUCCAGCAUUUCUUCAGGGAGAGAUACUGCUGAAAGUCCCGUAAACAAGGCUGUAGUGCCUGUAUCCCUACCACAACUAACUCCUACUCUGGUUUCCCUACUGGAAGUCAUUGAACCAGAAGUGAUGUUUUCAGGCUAUGACAGCACAAUACCAGACACAACAUGGCGUAUAAUGUCAACUCUCAAUAUGCUAGGAGGAAGGCAAGUGGUAGCUGCAGUGAAAUGGGCAAAGGCGAUACCAGGUUUCAGAAACUUGCACCUGGAUGACCAAAUGACCCUUCUGCAAUAUUCGUGGAUGUUUCUGAUGGCUUUUGCUCUAGGAUGGAGAUCAUAUAAGCAGUCUAAUGGUAGCUUGCUGUGUUUUGCACCAGACUUGAUCAUUAAUGAGCAGAGAAUGAAUUUACCCUGCAUGUAUGAACAAUGCAAACGUUUGCUGAUGGUUACUAAUGAGUUAACACGGCUUCAGGUUUCAUAUGAAGAAUACCUCUGUAUGAAAACUUUGCUGCUUCUUUCUACAGUUCCCAAGGAGGGCCUAAAGAGCCAAGCCCUGUUUGAAGAAAUUCGUAUGACUUACAUCAAAGAGCUGGGGAAAGCCAUUGUGAAGAGAGAAGGGAACUCAAGUCAGAACUGGCAGCGAUUUUACCAACUGACGAAACUGUUGGACUCCAUGCAUGAUGUGGUUGAGAAUCUUCUAAGCUUUUGCUUCCAGACAUUUUUGGAUAAAUCCAUGAGUGUUGAAUUUCCAGAAAUGUUGGCAGAAAUCAUCAGCAAUCAGUUACCAAAAUAUUCAAAUGGAAAUAUCAAAAAACUGUUAUUUCAUCAGAAGUGACUGCCUUAAUACAGAAAGAUUGCCUUAAGAAAAAAGUCAUUAUAGCUUCUUUUUUUAUAAACUAAAAGACUUGUUAAUUUUGUCCUUGCAACUAUAUUGGGUGUUCUUGUUUUGUUUUUGUAAUUAUGCACUACAUGUGGUUUACAGAGGGCCAAGACCUAGGUUUCAGAAGCAGACCCUUCAAACUAAAUGGUUGAAGGAAGAAGAAAAGGAAGGAAAGAUGGGUUGGGGUUUUCCAUCCAUGUACUACACCACCCUGUUGGCAGUAUAGUAUGCACCAAAACCAGCGGUGUCAAGCUCAGAACCUACAUUGUCAACAUUUUGCUAGGAAUUUCUGCAAGUUGGCUGGAUAAAAUUUUCUAGGUUUUUGUUUUGGUAUAGAUUUUUUGUAUAGUUAAGAUAGCAUUUUUGAUUUGUGCAUGUUAACAUGAAGAAAGUUUACAACUGUAUAUCAGAAAAGGGAAGUUGUGCCUUUUAUAGCUAUUAUUGUCUGGUUUUAGCAAUUUCCUUUAACUUUAUAUACAGUGAAAGCUUGCUCAUUUUUUCUUACAUAAUUUUGUAAAACUUCAAGAUGCCUAUUGUACAGCUGUUUUUUAAGGUGGGGCAGCUCAUAGCUUAAUGACCUCUAGAUAUUAAUCUUUGAAUAUACUCAUGUGAAUAUAGGUUGACUUUUGUAACCUGAUCACGACUGUCAUAGUGACCCUUCUAUAUAAAUCAAUUUGGCCGAUAAAUUCAGCCUUCUUUAAGGGGGUGGGAGUAGGGAUUGAAAUGUAUUCCAAAUCUAAUCUGAAGUGCAUACUUUUGAUAUUUGUCGAACAUGUUCUGUGAGCUACUAGAAAACUAACUCUGUCUUAAACAGAUGUUUAAACUUUUUUAAAGAAAACAGCCUAGAUAUUUCCAUUUAAUGCGAUAGCCAUAGUUAUAAGAAUCUUGGGCUGGAUUGACAGUAAAAAUAUCAGUCUUGACUGCCCAUCAGGAAACUUUCAGGAAAAUAUGCAUAAUUUUUAAAAAGUUUACUUCUAUGUGGAGAAAUUAACUUUUUUCCAUACUCAAUUUAUUGCCAUAAGUGUGUGUACUUCUAUGUGUAUUGGUGCAUAUUAUAUAUAUAUGUAUACAGUGGCCACAAUCCAGAGCAGCUAAAGUGGGCAGAACAAAGCUGAUAUGCACAACCAAUGACAUGUCUAAUGUUCUCCUUAGACAUAAUUAAAAAGCCACAAAACUUGUGCUUUUUUAAAAAAAAUUAGGAGAUCACUAUUGGUGACCAAUCAUCAUUUUCCACAAAGUGUAAAGUUGUGCAUUUACCUCUGUGGGGUGCUAGAAUUACUGGGUUGCAGCCUGCAGCCCCAUUCUUCAAAUGUAAGAGCAGAGCUCUGCUGCCACACAUUUGAGACUUCUCCCCUCAAUCUGAUGAUGUCAUCAGCAUUGGUAGCACUGAUUGUCUAUUUAGAAGCAAGUAAGGGAUACCAAAACUGUGUUAGAGCUGUUAGUGGUAUUCAUCUGUUGUGCAGUGUGUGCAUGGUGCAGAAGUACUCUGGGUUCUGAACAUCAGGGGCUUACCUCUAUGGCAGCUUUUUGCACUCCCAGUAGAGCAGAUCCACAAGCAGGAAUUUUCUUUCUGCUCAUUGAUCACUUGCUGGAUUGGGGCAAACGUGUAUACACUUGACUCCAUUUUAAGUUGAUGGCUAAAUUUCCAUUGACUUUGUCAGGAACUUAUAUAUAUAUAUAUAUAUAUAUGUACAUGUAUACAUACUUUCUAUAUAAAUGCAUACAUACAUAUAUAUAAACACAUAAAUAUCAUUGACUUACAAAAUAGUUGUAAUUAUGCCCAAUAUUUUAUGUUUAUUGUAAUAAUUCUUUAAAAGAUUUUAUUUCAAAUAAGAUAUGCAGAAGAUAAAACAGACCAAACUACAGGAAAAAAAAAUCCUCUUACUUGUGGAAAAUAAAAAUCCCAAACCUGUGUAUGCUUACACACCCAUUUUUCACCUUGUUGUCAUCAACUGUUUCAUCUUGUUUCCUGGAGAACAGGAAAAUUCCGCUACUGAUUUUGUGAUUUAAAGUAGAACUUAGUCUCUGUGCAGCUCUAUCCCUUCUGUAUCAAACUAAUAGUGUGCCAUAAAACAACCGUAUAUGUCUUGUGAAGUUUUCCUUGUCAUCACUGAUUUAUAUUUUAAACAAUUUGUAAGCUGUAGUAGCCCAUUCUUUGAGCACCUUAGCAAUUUUCUGAAAAUUUUAAAAUACUUUGCCACUCUAAAGAAAAAGGGGGGAAAGAUUUUUACUCUAGUGGCUUGAAUAUUUCUGUAAGAGAAAAUAGUGGGGCUUAAUAACCUAACAAGAGGCUAAAAAUCAAAAUACUAGGACAUUAAGCUAUUAAUGUAUUUUAGAUAUUGUUUCAAAUAUGUAUCAUUUGUUGAUAUUUGAAAAAAACAAUGGAAGGGCUACUACAGCUUUAAAAGCAGUUUAUCAGAUGAUUGUAAAAUAGCUUGUAUAGUGUAUGAUAAGAAUGGUUUUUAGAUGACAGAUUGCUUUAUCAUGACACGCGAUAUAUUUUUUCUAGGGGGUCACAAAAGUGUUGAAUUAUGGUAUGUCUGGAAGUAUUAAUCCUGACAGCAUUGUUCUGAAGUAUCUGACGAGGUACUCUGGUUUUAUGUAUUUUUUUUGUUCUUUUCUUCCCCUCCCCCCCUUUCAUUUAAAGGAAUUUCCCAGAAUUCAGUGGGGGUUCCUGGGGCUGAAACCGAAAUCCAUUGCUAUCAGUAAAACCACAGGCUGGAAGUUGGAUGUAAUAAGUGGGCCUGUGUGCUUGGUUACCCCUCACAUUCCAGGACUAAACUUACACAAGCUGUACAGGUUUAUUUGACCUCCACUGCAAAAAUAAAUAAACUGAAUUAGUGUGUUCAUGCAGGCAUUUGGCUAUUCAUGUACACAACUGGAUAUUUGGGGUUACUUUCACAUACAGCCUCACAGAGCACAGCAAAAGAGCUAGUCAAAUUUGGCAAUAAAAUGCAUACAUUUACCAGCAAUAUGUAAAUAUAGAGCAUAGGUUAUUCACAGUGUACUAACUACAUUUCUGUUACUCAACAAAAACGUUCAUGGUAAAGUUGGAACUUUACCCGAACAUCUCUUCUUAAUUCUCUUUUUAAAUGUUAGGCUUAUAAAUGAAAAUCCCCAGCUGUUUAUACUCAAUACAUGGGAGUAAAAUGUCACAUUUAUUAAUGAAGUAAUCAUUCUUUCUGACCUCUCUGUAGUCUCACAAUUUUGGAUGCUGUGACUGCAAAUAACAUCUUCAGAACCUUUUACACCUCUAAUAAGAUAGCAGGCACUCAUGCCCUUUCUCUGAGGUACAGAGACGAGCCUCUCUGCACAGUCCCAAGGAGCGGAAUAAGUAUCUUCCCAUUUGACUUCUCUUCUGGCUGCUGCUAGUGCAGCAUUGCUAAAAACAUUCUCCUUGAGUUCUCACAGCUCUUCCAGAGGAGUACUGACUAAAGCUUUAAAAGGUUCCAAAGGUGCUCAGCACAAGGGUAAGAAGAAACCAUUUGUGUGACUCACAGAUGACCAGUCAGAGAAAAACCAGUUACAGAUAAGCAGUCUCUCUGUCUUCUUGAAUGAGUUCUUAAUGGUAUGUACGUUUAACAGUUAACCUCAGCUUCAGAGAGUAUUUUAACAAUAGUUUGCAAACCAAUCAGAUGAAAGUGUGUAUUCUACCAGUUUUUAGCUAAUUCUAACAAUAAGUAUUGGUUUCCAUAAGGUUCCUGAAAAGAUAGAGCAUGAGACCCUGUCCUUAUUUUGACUAAAAUUAGAACAAGUGAUACUUGCAAAGUGACAUAUUAAUCAUUCUAGUCCCUGCUACCUAAGUUUAAACUAGUGGUGUGCAUGGACAAGUGUAUGUGUGGCUGUUUACCAAUAUAAUUGCAGUAUACCAGAAUCAGUACUAUGAUUACAUGAGUACUUUAGCAAGGGGGAGAAGGCUCUGAUUCUUUUGAUUUUAUGUGUUCGUUCAAUUUAUGGAUUUCAUUUUUUAAAUGCAAAUGAUUGGGAAAAGAACUUUCAAGCUAAACAUGCUGUUAAAGUUUCGACACAAGCCAUUUAAAGUACAUACGCAUCAACAAACAUACAUUGUUUCUUGUUUGGCUAGUCUUUUUUAGUGCUGGGAGAAAAAAGCACUUUGAAUAAAGCAGGGAAAAUUCUGACUUCUGUCUCUUCAGUGCCUUGCCAUAUCAUGCUGACAUGGGAAUAAUUGGAUAGCCCCAGAUAUGCAUGCUGUAUGUUAACUUGCACAUGGGAUCUAAUAGGAAUGGCCUUUCAUAAGGUAUGUUAGGGCAUGCUAAUGGAGAGAAGAAAUUAUACAGCUCUUGAACCAGUAAAGCAGCGGUCAGAGCCUUAGGCUGUAAACCUCAACAUACUUACUUUGUAGUAAACUCUUAUAAAAUCUGUGGGACUUACUUCUAAGUAAAUGUGUUUAGGAUCAGUGUGCCAAUCUUGCCACCCAGAGUAAACCAAAAAUACUACAUUGUAUCUUAAAAACAGCAGCAGAAGUAAAGAGUGCACACAAUUUUUGAAAUAAGUGCCAAGCUAUCUUUGAAAACAGCCUCCUAGCUUUACAAAAUAUCUACUGAUGAAUAAGGUAGAAAGUGGAGUGAGAAUAUAGUCUUUGUCAUGCUUGCAAAAUAUUUACAAGGAGUAUUUGCAAAAGUGUAAGAGCAUCAGACUGAUAGACAGCUCACCAUAUCUUCAUUUUGUCCAACAUGCAGAAAGUUGAUGGGAAUUAAUUUUAAAUGGUCAUGUAUACUCAUAUAUACUCUGCUAUUGGCCAUGGAAAGAGCUUAGUCUUCUGACACUUGCUAAAAGCACUUUAUUUGCCCAGUUUUUGAAAGGAAGUAGAUCCCAAUUUAGUUGUAGGAUUUUUUUAAAGGAAAGAAUUGAUUUGAUUCCAAUUGAAUAUGGGGGGAGUGAAAUUAAUUAUUGUUAUACAGGAGUCCAAAGAUCAGGGAACUGAUUUAUGUAGUCUGGAGAUCAGUUGUAAUUCUGGUAGAUCUCCAGCCACCACCUGGAGUUUGGCAAAAAAAAAAAAAAACUAAUGCCACCAGAGUAUUUUGAGUUGGAGCUAGGGAAGUAUGUUAGUGAAAGUGUUCUUUUUCCUUUGAAGUAUUGAAUCAAAGUUACCCUUCUUCACGUGGAAUUUGGCUUCCACUGACAGAAGGACUAUUUUCCACUUUUACUAGAAUGUCACCCAGUAAAACUGAACAAAAUCCAAAGAUUUUUUUUCUGCUUGUACAAGCAGUUGAACAACGGCUGCUAUAGAACUGCAUGCAUAUAAAAAACAAUUCAGAAACUCUUUGUGCAAGCUUUACAGAACACCACUAGUAGUGACACUCAUUCUACUUGUGGUUCUUUAGAUCCUAUUCCUCAGGGAGGGAUGCUUUUAACAAAUUGAAUGCCUAGUUUCUGAAUUGCUGAUUCAGCAUUAGAUAGCAAUGGUGGUAGUAAAUUAGUUCUCACCAUAUUGGAGGUACGUCAACUCGCACCAAUCUAACUUUAAUAAAACCCAUAAAGACGCGGGGAGAGGGGAUGGAGGGAGGUUGAACACCACAGAAAUGAUAGAUCUCAUGAUUUUAAGAAAAUAACAAAAUGGCUUCACAUUUUUAAAUAUCUCUGUGGUGUCAGUUACGGCAUCUAAAGUGUAGGAGGAUUAAGACAUAGACUUCAACAAACGGGUGGCAAGUCCUUAGUGUUUGAGCCCCUUCAAGAUAAAAGUGUGUACUUUAAGAACUCUGUAAGGGACCAUAGUCUUCACCCUUUCAGAACUGAGCCUCAUCCACCAUCUGAUCAAUAUUGAAACUAGUGGGAUCAUCUCUAUGAAGGUAAACACAUUUUAUGCUACUGCUGUUUCAUAGGAACAAUACUUUCAGGCAAGGAAUAGAGCCUUGUGUUGUUGGAAAACAUUAAAGAACCCUUUAUGAGGCUUUUGUUUUCUGGUAAAAGGCUGUGUAUGAAAAUAGCCUCCCCUCCCAUUCUAAGAGCACGGAUUCAGUAGUGUCAACAUUCUACUUUGUAUAUUAAAAGAUAUAUAAUGGGGACAAAUCCUAUAUUAUGCUGGUGUAUGGCAUUAUUAAAAAGCUUUUUUCAUUAUUUUCACAGUAAUUUUAAACAGUGUAAAAAUUAAAACAAGUGACUCCUGUUUAAAAAUAAAAAGUUGUAGUUUUUUAUUCAUGCUGAAUAACUCUGUAGUAACUGUCUUUUCACCUACUCAGUGAAAUGUUGGAUUGUAAAAUCUUGUGUGGAACUGUUAAGCAUUUAUUUUUCAUUUUAAAUUUCGCUGUUCUAGUAAAUUCAAAACCACACCUCUGUACAGAAGUUGCAGUAAAUGUAAGCCAUUUACAGCAAUGCUGAAUAAUGGACAGAAUUAAUAAAAAACUGCUUUUUCAUUACA